GACGAAUAAGUAUGGCCGCUCGGUCGGCGUUUUGUCAGUGACAGCUGCGCAGCGUGGAGGUGGAGAACGGCGUCAAACCCGGGGAAUCUCUUCUUGGUUUUCGCCGGAAACGAGAAAUAUGCUAAGUAAUCGGACGGCAGGCGAGAGAGAAUCGGAUCCUGCUCCGAAAUCCUAGAUGAAGGAUUCGCUCUUGGUGAAGGUUUCCAACCGAUCGAUCGGAUCGAUCGAGCACAAAUGAAGAUGAAUCGGUACAUCACGUUGAAUCAGCUCGGCGAUGGCACCUUCGGCUCGGUCGUUCUAGGCGAGCGAAUCGACACCGGGGAAAAGGUGGCCAUUAAAAGGAUGAAGAGAAAGUACUAUUCCUGGGAGGAGGCUAUGAACCUUCGGGAAGUUAAGUCCUUGAAGAAGCUCAGCCACGCGAAUGUCGUCAAACUGAAGGAAGUCAUCCGGGAGAACGACGUCCUAUACUUCGUCUUCGAGUACAUGAGGGAGAACCUUUAUCAAUUGAUGAAGAAUAGGGACAAGCUUUUCCCAGAGCCCGUGAUUAGGAACAUAGUGUACCAAGUGCUUCAAGGCCUGGCCUUCAUGCACAAGCACGGCUUCUUCCACCGCGAUAUGAAGCCUGAAAAUCUACUGUGCAUGGGGCCUGAAUUGGUUAAAAUCGCUGACUUCGGCUUGGCUCGAGAAAUUCGAUCCAGGCCUCCUUACACCGAUUACGUAUCCACCAGAUGGUACAGGGCACCGGAGGUCCUUCUACAUUCCACGACCUACAACAGCCCGAUCGACAUUUGGGCGGUCGGCUGCAUAAUGGCGGAACUGUACACCUUCACCCCAUUGUUCCCCGGAAAGGGGGAGAUCGACGAGAUCUUCAAGAUCUGCUCGGUGAUCGGUACCCCGACGAAGGAGGACUGGCCCGAAGGCUAUCACCUCGCGACAGCGAUGAACUUCAAGUUUCCGAAUUUUAGUAGAACGUCCUUGAGUGUCCUGAUACCAAAUGCCAGCCAGGAGGCCGUCAUCCUUAUGGAGGACAUGUUGCAGUGGAACCCCAUAAAGAGACCCACCGCUCAGCAGUCUCUUAGGUAUCCUUAUUUCGAAGCAAGUGUACCUCGCGUGGUUAGCAGCAAGCAAAUCGGCGUGGGCUCGCAACGCGAGUACGUGAUGAACAAGGUGAACAUUCCUCCGCUUCCUCUUUCGAACAAAUUCGGCCAGCAGGACGUCCUUGGCAGUGUGGUCCAGUCUAGGUCCCAGGAGAAGGGGUCCAUGCAAGCCCAGCAGCAACCGGUGCUGCCGUUGCUCAAUCACAAUAGUCGAAAGCGCGAGCAAAAAUCCUCGAAAUGGGACGACGACGAUUUCGCCGACCUCCUGGGCAAGAUUAUCCCAGACAAUUCGGGUACGAAGUUGCUGCCUGAUCGCGUCUACAAGGAGAACCGUCCCAACUGGAACGGGAAUUAUCCCAGUGCUGAGAUGCAUACUCAAACCAACGGCAAUUGGAUUCAGCCGGCUUGGAACGAGCCAGGUUCCGGAAAAAGCUGGAACCAGUCGCAGACGCACCUGAAGAACGCCAGAAAGGCUUCGGUGAAGCAACAUUACCUUGGUGUUCCUCGCUACGUGGCGGAGAAGGACUCGAGUUUGCCGUCAAGAAACGGUGAAGGGGAACCAACUCGGCCGAGGAUUCAGCAAAACGGGACCGUCCCUUCCGCAUCGGAGAGAAACGAGGAGUUCGUGGAUUCGUAUCGAGACCCGUGGGAAACCGCCGAAAACCAAACGAGACAACACUUCCUAGCUAGAAAUCGAUACAUUUCGGAGCAGAUGUCAAAUUCCAAGUUGCCAUAUCCUAGCGUCUACGGUACGCAAAUUAUCAAACCUACGCCAAAGGGGACUCUACAGACAAAUCUAUUCGGUGGUGUCCUGAAUGCCCGACCCAGCGCGGGAAUAAACGGCAGAACGGAUUGGGCAGCGAAAUAUCUGAAAUGACCCUCGA